GUUGUCAAUUGACAAGGUUCUGGAAACAGACGUUGACCACGACGUGCGCACAUUGCAUCGUCUAACUUGAAAUCUGACGCGUCCUCUUCGAUCUCGCUUCUCAAUAUAGAUCCUCCGUAAUGCAUUCAUAAUGUCCAAACGCCCUCUCUUUACUUCUUUGGUUGGGACCUCGGGCUCUUUGACUUGCAGAGCAUGCCUCCAACAGCGCACACUGGGUCGGACUCGACAACGGUACUCGACCGUAUCCUCUACGAUAGACCGAGCGAAAGCCCUUCCUACUAGGACCAAGCAGAAGAUAGCAUUUGCAGCGCUCGGGGGAGCUGCCUUGGUCACCGGAGCGUGGUGGAUCAGUGACGAUGUGAAGCAUACAUAUAGAGCAGCGCGGAGAACGGGGAGAGUUGCGCGGACUCUUAUACUUAACAUAUAUGACUACCGAAAGAUCCUCAAGCUUGAAAUGGAAGACCAAGCCGAAUACUCCAAGAUCCUCAAAGAAUGCCAUCAGCGAUGCGCAAACCGUACAUUAGACACGAUUGAGAAGAAUGGCUCCAUCUUCAUCAAGCUUGGGCAGCAUUUGACCAGCUUGACCUACCUAUUGCCGAGCGAAUGGUGCGACACGUUCAUUCCGCUACAAGACAAAUGUCCGGUGUCAUCAAUCGAGUCAAUUCGUGAGAUGAUUCGUCAAGAUACAGGGGAGGAGCUCUCCGACUACUUUUCAGAAUUCGAGGAACGGCCAUUAGGAGCUGCGUCUCUCGCACAAGUCCACCGGGCUACGAUCAAAGAGUCGGGGCAGAAGGUUGCGGUGAAGGUGCAACAUCCACUAUUGGACGAAUGGGCACCAUUAGAUCUGUCUUUGACGAGCUUCACUUUCUCCACGUUGAAAUAUUGGUUUCCGGAGUACGAUCUCACAUGGCUAUCCGAGGAAAUGCAAGUCUCACUGCCACAAGAGCUUAAUUUCGAGCUCGAAGGCAAGAAUGCUAUGCGCGCUCGUCGCUUCUUCGCGGAUAAGGAUUACCCUCUGUUGAUACCGGAGGUACUAUGGGCGAAAAGGCGAAUACUCGUCAUGGAAUAUCUCACAGGUAGGAGGCCAGACGAUCUAGAUUACUUAGAUUCGCACAACAUCGACCGUGAUGAAGUUUCAGCAGCGCUCUCCCAUAUCUUCAACGAAAUGAUCUUCGGGAAAAAUGCACCAUUACAUUGCGAUCCACAUGGAGGAAAUCUAGCCAUAAGGCAUAAUCCAAACCGUCGGGGAAAGAAGAACUUUGACGUAAUUUUGUACGACCACGGGUUGUAUCGCGAUAUCCCUAUCGAUCUCCGGCGUUCUUAUGCCAAGCUCUGGUUAGCUGUCCUUGAAAGUGAUGAGGCAGGUAUGAAGAGGUACGCUCACGAAGCGGCUGGAAUCGAGGAGGAAGAUUUUCACCUGUUUGCGAGUGCCAUCACCGGACGUGAUUACUCUGCCGUGAAAAGUGGCUUGACCGAAGUUAAUCGGAGUGAGGAAGAGAAAGAGAAGAUCUCAGAUGCGCUGGGAGAGGACAUGCUCCUUCAAUUGGUGCGCAUUCUUGGCCAGGUUCCUCGUGUAAUCCUGCUUAUCUUGAAGACGAACGAUUUGACGCGGUCACUGGAUGAGCAUCUCCAUACGAGGCAUGGCCCUCUCCGAACAUUCCUUAUUCUCGCCCGAUAUGCGUCUCGCACCGUCUACGAGGAGCAGCUUGAACAGCUACGAGGAAGCUUGUUCUGGCCAAGCAAUUGGAUGCAUCUAGUGUUCGCAUGGUCUGCGUAUGCGCGGACGGAGCUGAAACUGUCGCUGUAUGAGCGGUGGCUGGGAAUGCGGGCAUUCUGGAACCGGAACCGUUGGCACUCGAUCAGCAACCAGCCAUCAGACUCCUGAGUGUUUCGUCGAAGGAAGGCAUAUGGUAGAGACCCUCAGGUCUGCUGCACGGAACCCCGCAUCUCAUUAUGAUAGGGCUCACGUGCGCAGUCUAUAUUUAGAACAACUCUCGAGACGCCAAGCACUCAUUCAGUGUGGUUUAACGGUCAGUAUAUGGAUGCCCGUCGAAGAGGAGUGUGUAGACAAUAUUCAGACAUGUUCCAGUCAAGCAUUAGGGUUGUGUAGAGCGACGUAUACGCUAUACGCACUGGCAGAAAUGGCCAGAAAGGGGGAAAUUCUCAUCACGACGGCGAGACUGCGUUGUGGUAUGUACAUAGGUAACGCCAUAGAUGAUGACGAUUCCAGUGGAUGAGCCACACACCGAAGAUACAUUUACAUAGACAGACAUGACCAAU